GCAGUGCCUUAUUUAAAGUUGUACGGUGCAGUACUUCGUUGUCAUCGUUGUUGCUGCUAACUUUCUUCGUUAGUGUGAAACUACAGUGAAGAUGAAGGGCCCUCUGCUGCUGAUUGUGACUGUUUGGUUGAGCUCUCAGUACGGGGGCUGCGCUCUCUCCUCUUCGUGUACCUAUCCUCCAUCAAAGUGGUGCUCAUCUCUGGAUUCAGCUGUCCAGUGCGGGGUUUUGAAGCAGUGCCUUGAAAGGAACUUCACCAGGUCCCAUCAGACAGCAGAUCCUGUCGAGGUGGGGCUUUACUAUGAGAGCCUGUGUCCCGGCUGCAGAGGUUUUCUCAGUAACAUGCUCUUCCCCACCUGGGUCUUGCUGAAUGACAUCAUGUCUGUCACUUUGGUGCCCUACGGAAAUGCACAGGAAAAACACGAUGGACAGAAGUAUGUUUAUGACUGUCAGCAUGGAGAACAGGAAUGUCUGGGCAACAUGAUUGAGACUUGUCUGCUGAACAUGACCGACAUGGCUUUCCCAAUCAUCUUCUGUAUGGAAUCAUCCACUGAUGUCAUCAAGUCAGCCAAGAGUUGCCUGGAACUCUACAGCCCUCAGCUGAGCUGGGACACCGUCAUGAGCUGUGUGAAUGGAGACCAGGGAAACCAGCUGAUGCAUCAGAAUGCCUUGAAGACCAGUGCCCUGAAGCCUCCACAUGAAUAUGUGCCCUGGGUGACCGUUAAUGGGGUGCACACAGAAGACCUGCAGGAGAAGGCCAUGUCUUCUCUCUUCAAUCUGGUCUGCAGUAUGUACAAGGGCACUCAGACUCCAGCCUGUGGAGGGCGCCAGACACACUACAAAAGUUACUGCCACAACAACUGAAAGACCAGCACAGCACAUGGCCUUGUGCCUUGCUCUGUUCCAGGUGUGGCCACUAAAUAAGGAACACUGAGGAAUGUCAUCAGAUCUGAUUCUAUAAAGGGAAAAAUGAUUGCCUCACUUUAUACUUCUCAGAAUAUAAAUACAAUCUGCUUUCUAAAAA